CGAUUUUUUGUAAACAACGCAUUUGGAAAAAUAAACUAGUUCAAAUUUUGCCUUUUACGUCCAAUAAACGUGCAAUAAACACGUUUUAAGUACGCUUUUUAUGAUCUUCUGUACACUGUAUUAUUUCCUCGCCAAAUGUACUAAAUACCCAUCGUUACUCAAUGAUCUCACACUCCAUAAUCAUCGUCAACCAACGUUAAGGGUUUCAACUUUUAAGUACAGUCUGAGUACAGUUCUUUUUAUGAAAGAGGUGCUGUAAAGAUUGUCUUGCAUUAUGACUUCCAAGCUCAAAUUGAAAGAGGCGUUUCAAAAGACAGGAUCUUUCUCUGAAACAACGCUGGAAAAUGAGCGCCAUGCGAGCUAUCAGAAGUCCAGUUUGUUAGAUGAAGAAGACCUUUCUGUUUCUGACGAAGAGUUAGAGAAGUAUUUGGGUGCUAUAAAGAAGAAAUCAGGGUUAAAUAAACUCUGGACUGGGAAUACAUUCGACAAAGUUAUUGACAGAACUCCUGAUGUCUCCAUAUCAUCUGUGUCUGAAAUGGAAGGUGGUGAGGAAAGAACAGAUGAGGAAAAUGAGGAUGAUUUUCGCCCAAAGAUUUUCACCCUGCCAGCAUCAUUUGACGAGAAUGGCAAAAGUGAUAUUUUUGAACAAAGUUCAAUGCAGCCAAUACAGUCUGUACAUCAUAUAUCAGAGCAGGAUCACUCUGAUAUCAAACUGAAGCUUGCAAGUAACAUUAAACUAAAUUUUUCUGACCAAAAAUCUGUUACUGUGUCAGACAUUAGAUCACGGAGUAGCAAAAAAGAUGUCAGUGUAAGUAAUGAAGAUGAACCAAGCACUCUUGAUGAUAUCACCGAAAGGAGCAUUGAGGAAGAUAUAAAUAUAGGUUAUGAUGAAAAUAUUUCAGCAGUCAAUUCAAGUAGGUCAUCCACUCGAAGAGAAUCCAUUGAAGAAAUCUCGAAGCAUUCAUCUAAAAGUAAAACAGGGAAAAGAAAUCAUAAACAACAAAGAGAUUUUCAAACUAUUUCAAAAGGGUCUACUUCUUCCAGAACUAGCCAUAAACUAGAUAAUAACUUAACAGAGAAUUUUAGUAGUGGAAAGACAGUUAGCACCAUAUCGAAGGGCAGCAGGGCUAACCAAAGAAAAAUGUCCAAUGUUGGUUUUGAUAGUUCAAAUGACACUUAUUCUAGUAAUUUCGAUGAAUCUAUGACAACAUCAAACAUAUCUCAUACAAAGACUAAAUCCCACUCAAAGUCAACUAAAGAAAGAAGAAAAAACGAAAGAAAGGCUCGAUUGAAUGAGCAAUAUCGUGAUGUUGGAAUUCAAGUUAACAUGGGAGACACGAUCCAACCAAGGUUACAUGUUGGAAUGGCAACACUAGGACAACAACAUGGUCGUCCUAGUCCUAUAGCUCGACAUGUUGUUGAUGCAGAUCAGGUUGAAGCUGUAACUACCUACAACCCGGCCAUAGUGGCACUGACAGACAUGCUACGACAACAGUUGAAAUUGGUUGAGCAAUUUGUGGAAAACAGUCAUCGUAUGUAUGAAUCUUACACAAGAAAUUUGAACACAACAUACCAAUACACCACCUUAGAAGGCACUCUUGAAUACAUUGAUAAAGUUGGCGAACAUUGUUCAAGAAGAACAUGACAAUCAAGACACUCUAAAAUUUGUUUAAAACUAUGAUUUAUUUUUAAAACUUACACUUUGUACACUAUUGUUACUUUGCAAUAAAACCAGUAAAGAUUUAAA